ACACACACACAGAUACACACAGAUACACACACACACACACACAGAUACACACAGAUACACACACACACAUUAAGGAGGAGCGAGUGACCAUCACACACUGAUUUCUCAGCUCUGGGAUGAGAGUGUGAGAUUUCCCUUAAAAAAAGAAGUGUGUGUGAGAGAGUGUGUGUGUGUGAGUGUGUGUGUGUGUGUGUGUGUGAGUGUGUGUGUGUGUGUGAGAGAGUGUGAGAGUGUGUGUGUGUGUAAAAGUGGGAAAAGGAAUCCGGUGUGGAGGUCACGAGAGCUGGAUUUCCUGCAGAGGAGGAGGAAAAGCAGAAGGAAAAAAAGAGGAAAGGCGGAGAGGAAAGAGGAGUUUUGUGGAUGAAAAACAAGGAAGAUGGCUGAACAAGAGAAAAGAGAGAAAAGAGAGAAAGAGAGGAGCGCCGGAGAGACAGACGGAGCGCAGAGAGACAGACAGAACCCCGACACCGGAGAACACAGGUUAAACCUGGCUGCAGUGUAUGUAUCAGAUGCUCAGCACAACAGGAACAUCGUCUUUGACACGACACCACAGGCAGUGAGGCUGUACCUGUUGUAUAAUCACUGGCUGCUGCGUGUGUGUGUGUAUGUCUUCAUCAUGAUGGAUUUGGCACUUGCACUGUUUGAGGAGCCGGCUCUCAUCCCGCUGCCCCUGUGGACCACCUCAGUAAUUGAGCUCCUCUGUCUGACGGUGUUUUCUGCACGAUUGGUUCAUUAUGCUAAAGUGAUUCCUCGCCGAGUUUUCAUCAGAGAUCCCAAAAACAUCUGCAUCAUCGUCACCAUCACGCUGUGUGUGGUGGAUUUAGGUGUGUAUGGUGUUCUAAGAUUGUGUGAACGCUCGGCUGUGAGAUGGUCCAGAGUGUUGAGGCCCCUCCUGCUCAUCAACAUCACGGAGGGACGACAGCUGCGCAGGGCGUUCAGGAGUAUCCGUAACGCACUCCCUCAGAUCCUGGUGGUGUUUUUCCUCUUCAUUUUCAGUGUGUUGAUGUUUUCACUCAUGGCUCUGAAACUGCUGGGAAAACGGAAUCUUAAAACUAUAGAUGGCAUUCCGUAUUUUACAAAUUACCUGGAGAUUGUUUUUGAUCUGUAUGUUUUAGUCACAACAGCCAACAGUCCCGACGUCAUGAUGCCGGCGUACAACUACAGUUCCUUCUUUGCCAUUUUCUUCAUCCUGUAUAUCGUCAUUAACACAUAUACAUUUAUGUCUGUGUUCCUUGCUGUCGUCUACAACAACUACAAAAAAUAUCUGAAGGAGGAGGUACGGCAGCUGGUGAGGGCCAAAAGGCAGAAGUUGUGUCGUGCCUUUUCUCUGCUGCAGGAAGUGGGCGUGGCCGGGGGUGAGCCAACUGUCAGUCAAACACGCUGGAACCAAUUAGUGCGUCUCGUCCAGCCUGACAUCAGCAGCGCACACCGAGAGCUGCUGUGGAGUGUGUGUGACCCUCAGAGCACCGGACACGUCGGGAAGGUGGCAUUUGUGCAGUUGGCUGAUUUGUUGAAUAUUCAAGUGGUCACAAUGAAGUCUCACACACACCCACUGGAACGCUGGAUACCUGCUGUUUAUCAGUCCACCUUCAGCAAACUGAUCCACAGCAUGGUCCAGCACAGGGUGUUUGUGUAUGUAUAUGAUGUGAUCAUCCUGAUUAACGCCGUGUUUAUCGGUCUGGAUGAGGAGAACCCGGCGGUGUCCAUGGCGGAGUGGGUGUUCCUCACGCUCUACAUCCUGGAGAUCCUGCUCAAGCUCUACACGUUCGAACCACGCACCUUCUUCGCCAAACACCAGUUCUGGAACUGGUUUGACACGAUCAUCAUUGUCUCUGCUCUGCUGGCGACCAUCAUCAACACCGCUUUGAAAUCCUCUGGAGGUUACACGAGCCGUCAGAUUCUCGACAUCGUCUUCAUUCUCAGAGUGCUCAGACUCAUCCGCGUCGUCGACACCAUCCCCAGGUUCCGAGCGAUCAUUAACACUCUGAUUAAGAUCGGUGCUCCCAUGCUGACAUUCGGGCAGCUCAUUCUGGUGGUGUAUUAUAUCUUUGCGAUGGUAGGGAUGGAGCUGUUUAAAGGGAAGGUUCAGUAUUUUGGUGGUGACUCGGUUGAUCCUGAGCGUCAGUUCUGUGGGAACGUCCUGCUGAACGGCUCGGCCUUCGCCCGCAACAACUACUGCAAGAACAACUUCAACGACGUCGUGUCCUCUUUCAUCCUGCUGUUGGAGCUCACUGUCGUCAACCAGUGGCAUGUCCUGGCUGGAGGCUUCACCGCUGUCACUCAUGUUUCAGCGAAGAUAUUCUUCGUCCUCUUCCACAUUGUGGUAGUCAUCAUCAUCAUCAAUAUCUUCGUGGCCUUCAUCCUGGAGGCGUUCUUCAUCGAGUACAUGGUGGAGAAGAGCGAACUGCAGACGGCGCUGGAGAAGAAGAUCGAGGAACUCAAUCUAUGCGUGGAACAGAACCAUGUGGACAACAACCUGGUGGACGCGAUGGAAACCCAGGACAAUGAUCUUGGCCCUGCUGAAGGAGUCAAAACCAAACCCACCAUCAUGUUCAAGAUCAGCUCCACAAGGUACAGGACCAUGGAUGGCCUCCUCCAGCGCAUGUUUGAAACAGAGAUGGACCUCAGUGCUGAUGACCUUGAAGAGGAGGAAACGGAGACCAGGACCUUCUCAAAUCCAGCUUUCAGCUCCUCAUAAGGGAACACACAGACUUUCUCAAUGAGCUUUACUCAAAUUAUACCUGUAAAUGCAUAUUGCAUCAUCAUCUACAUGUAGGUGUGACUGUGCAUUAGACUGAGACUGUUCUGAGACCCUGUGAGACCGGAAAGUGAACGUGCUGCUGUUUGGAAACAGUGAAAUAGUAUUUACGUUGUGUAUAAGAAGGGAUUAAAUGUACACCUUGUAUUCACAUAUCAUUUAUAUUACAAUAAAAGAUGAAUAUGUUUAAUAUAA